CUCAACCUCUACAUCAAAUCCAUCUGCCACGACCGUUCUGUCGCCGUCUCCGUGUUGGGAUUCGGGUCGCGAUCCUCAUUCUAGCCUUCUGUUUCAUCGUUUAGCGCACACGACCUAUCGCGACUCUUAUCAAAAUGGCCCGCAUGGCGACCAAGAAGCGUGCCGCUGAAUCCGACUCGAGCGACGCCGAAGUUGCUCCCAAGGCAGUCAAGAGGUCGAAGAGCUCUGGAUCUGGCCCAGCUCCAGAUGGCAAGGAUGAUGAAGGACAUCCAUACUGGGAGCUCUCCAACAAGCGCCGGAUUGGCGUCUCUCAGUUCAAGAAGAUGAGCUUCAUCAACAUUCGAGAAUAUUACGACAAGGAUGGCAAGACUCUUCCCGGUAAGAAGGGUAUCUCCCUCUCCGUCGAUCAGUACAAUGCCCUCAUCAAGGCCAUUCCAGCUAUCAAUGCCGCCCUUCGCGCACAAGGCGAGAAAGUUGAGGAGCCCGAAGAUGAGGCCGAGAGCGCCCUCGUGCCCGUGGUGAAGCCCAAGAAGGAGCGGAAGAGAUCUCCCAAGGCCAACAUCGAGGCUACUAGUGAUGAAGAGGAAUGAUGUCGUAUUGGUUGAGGUUAUACCAGUGAGGAGAGUAUUGCAUCGAUACAUCGGGUCUGGAGUCAGGCGUUUUCGGUCGGAAGCCGGAUGAGUAUGGUUUUGUGAAGAAGUGCUGCCAAACCUCAUGUGAAAGAAGAUAUGAGUUAAUUCUGUCGGUGAGCCAAUUAGAAUGGACAGCAAGUCUACAAAGGC